GGCGCUCGAAGGUCUGGUGAUGGCGGUGUGCGCAGACGCUACUGUAUUGUGGUGAACCAGCAAAUUACUCAAGAGGUUUCUUUUUCACCGUAUUACCGAAGGCGACCAGUGAUGGUAGGGGAGGGUUGCCGCCAUUAAUCUUCCUUCACAAUUCCCGUUGCCUAGUCGCUUCCUCCUGUCACUGCCUACGACAAACAGCUUGUUCCCGUGAACGUGAACAGUUCGUGUGUCGCUCAGGACAGUGGCGCCUUCAGGAUGGGAGAAGCAAUGGCAGCUGAAUUACUGGUUGAGCUCAAUGUUCUUGCCUAUGAAUAGGAUAUAAUUCUCAACUGGUUGGGUGUAUAGGAAGCUUAUUUUAUACGCUUGAUGGGACAAAGAAGAGAGACCUUUGACGUGAUGAAUGGUCAUUGGUCUUUUUCUUGUAAAGUUUGAUGGCGCUUGGCAAAUCAACAUUAGUUGCAUUUCUACCACCUACUGAGGUGGAGCAAAGAGAUAGAGAAUGGUCAUUGACCUGAAGCAUGAACAUUUGUAGCAUCUUUAACAAUGCUUAAAUGGUACCAAUAAAGGGUUGCAACACACAUCAAAGUUGCUGGUGAACGCAGCAGGCCAAGCAGCAUCUGUAGGAAGAGGUGCAGUCGACGUUUCAGGCCGAGACCCUUCGUCAGGACUAACUGAAGGAAGAAUCCCCACUACGUCAGAGAGGCACAGAGGGAAAUCGUCCUCUAACUGGAGAAACUCCGGAUGCGACGUACCUUUCCUUUCCAUUGCCGUAUAUUUAACAAAAUGAAUAACCUGAAGGAAGUGACCAAUAGAACUCAUCAGAUUGAGAAACUUAUUUCAGAAAACAAUAUCCAAGACAUCAAGUACCUUUUGAAUGAGUUUGAGGGUUUUCCAGUCACCCCUAAAAUUCUACAGGAGACUGAUCUUGUGAAAGCUGUAUACCGUGUUCUAAAGACUUGCCCAGAUGCUGGUGUCAGGGGGAAGGCACGGAGCCUGCUCUCUGCAUGGAAGAAGUUAUACAAGAGCUCUACUUUCCAGGAAAAAUGUCAGGAAGACAAAGCUGGUAUGGAGAAGAUGGAGCUGUCAAAUGAAAUUUGUCAAGAAAGUGUAAAAUUUGAACGUGAGACUAAUCCAACUGAUUUUGUGGAGGGUACCGCUACGCAACUAACAGAAGAUGUUCAAAUAACCACAGGAGCUGAUGUCAUCCACAAUCUCCUCACUGAUGAAAAAGCACACAACGUAAAGGAAUUUUCAGUAGGAAGUUUCAAAGGGUUGGACCUGGAUUCAGCUACUAAAAAAACAUCUGAAUUAGAUACUGAAACUGUCCGGUCCAAGUGUGUAGAACUACUUUUCCAAGCUUUAACUGGCUCAGAGACAGUUGAUGAGAUGAGGAUUGAAAUGUGGCAGAGAAUUGCGAAAGAAAUUGAGCAAUCCAUAUAUGCUAUCCAUUUAAAAAAUAUUAAGAAGUACAAAGCUUGCGUUCGAAGUAAGAUUUCAAAUUUAAAGAACCCUAAGAAUCCCCAUUUAAGACAGAAAAUACUGUUGGGACAAAUAACUCCACAGACGUUUGCUGAGAUGUCAGUAAUGGACAUGGCAAGUGAGGAGUUGAAACAUCUAAGAACAUUGUACACUACCUCUGGGCUUAAGGACCAUCAGCUACCUCAUUAUCCAGAAGGUAUCAAGACAAACAAAAUCAGAUGUAAACGUUGUGAAAAAUUUAACUGCACAGUGACAGCAAUUACCAGAGGCACACUUUUUAUUCCAGCUUGGGUGCGAAGUGGAAAUCCUGAUGAACAGAUGAUGACUUUUGUCAUUUGCAAUGAAUGUGGAGAAAAAUGGUAUAACAGUGGCUGGAUUUCUGUUUAGAUUUAAUAAAGGAACACACAGGUUUAAUUCAUUUGUUUUCUACAUCACAAGGGGUGGCUCAGUCGGGUAGUGGUUAGUGUACUGCUAUUACAGCACCAGCAAUCCAGGUUCAAUUCUGCCACUGCCUGUAUGGAGUUUGUAUAUUCUCCCUAUGACCACACGAGUUUCCUCUGGGCACUCCGGUUUCCUCCUACAUUCCAAAGACGUGCAAGUUAGGGUUAGUAAGUUGCAUGCUAUGUUGGCACAUGGCAACACUUGCAGGUUGCCAGGGGCAUAUCUUCGGACUGUGUCGGUCGUUCGUGCUGAAGUCCCACAGGUUCAAAAACAGCUACCUCCCUUAAACCAUUCUUAAGCCAACUAACACAAAACAGGAUGAAUAUCUUUAGCCAGAGAGUAUUGUAUCUGUGCAACUCAUUGCCACAAACAGCUGUGGAGGCCAAGUCCUUAGAGUAUAUUUAAAGCGGAGGUUCAUAAGUUCAUAAUUAGUAAGUGUGUCAAAGGUUGCAGAGAAGGCAGGAGAAUGUGAUUGAGAAGGAUGAUAAAUCAGUCAUGAUGAACUGGUAGAGCAGACUGAAUGGGCCAAGUGGCCUAAGUCUGCUCCUGUGUCUUUUGGUCUUAUGGAUAAAACACAGUUCUAUGGAAAGACCUGCCAUUUACAUUUCGAUGAUUGGUUCACUACUGAAAAAUAGUUGAACCAUGGUUGAGAACAUUUGUUGUCUAAGUGUCACUGUCGAGUGAGCACUGUUUUGCUCUUAAUUUUGACAGCCUUGUUAAGCGUGACGUGACAUCCAUCAGUUUCAAUAACCAUAAUUACAUGAUUGCCAUCCCUUCUUGACUUCCAAACUAGCUUGCUAAAGACUGUUGCAGAAAAGGGUGACACAGGAUGAGGAAUACUGUAUAAUUAAUAUUAAUCUACCUGGGAGUCUUUGCUGCAUGGCACUGCUGUCUUUCAGGGUAACAGCUUAUGGCAGGCGUCCUGGCAUCCCCUCACUCCUGCACUCCAUUGGAUAUUGGAGAUACCACUAACUUGCCAACAACCAGCAAACUGGCAUGAAACAUAGGUCAUUUAAAUCCCAUGAGCAUUUUAUGUAGAGAUAAGAGUACCAAAUCCAUUAUCCUGCCCUUCAGCUGGCUCUUAGGAGGUUUUAUGAGUCCACAAAUGAGGCAGAUUUGACAUCCAGGGCAAGCAAAGUGCAAAGAAAGAGUAGAUUCAUUGUAUAUGGUUGGCAUGCACUACAAUAAGUAACUGGGGCACAGAUGUGGUACUUCUUUAUUCUACAUUUUCAGGUUAUCCAGGACUUCUCAUUUGUGCAAUCAUAUAAUGACUGGCAUGCAUUCUGAAGUUAAAAGGAGUUGCCUCAUUGACACAUUAUUAGAAUAUCUGUAAAUUUCCUGGAUCACCCCUUUAUUACCAUAAGAACAUAAGAAAUAGAAGCACUGAAUGGUCAUUAAUACACCAAAAACUGCUCUGGCAAUCAUUAAGAUCCUGGCUGAUCUUUUACCUCAAGCAACACUUUGUAGCACAAACCUCAUUCCUUUAUCCCAUUAAUAUCUAAACAUUCAUUGGCUUCUGCCUUUAAUAUAUUAGGAAAUAAUCCUCCACUACUCUUUUGGAUAAAGAAUUACUAAGAAUUGUUACUUCUGAAUAAAGAAAUUUAUCUUGAUCUCUGUUCUAAAUGGCCAACACUUUCUUUUGAGUUUGUGAUCCCUGGUUCUAGACACCCCAGCUCAAGAAACAUCCUUGUCAAUUUAUUUAUUUAUUGAGACAAAGGCCCUUGCGGUCUUUUGAGCUGGGCUGCCCACCAAUCCCCCAAUUUAAUCCUGGCCUAAUCGCUGGGCGAUUUACAAUGACCAAUUAAUCUACCAACCAGUAUGUCUUUGGACUGUGGGAGGAAACCAGAGCACCUGUAGGAAAACCGCGUGGUCAUGGGGAGAAUGUACAAGCUCCUUACAGGCAGCGGUGGGAAUGGAACCAGGGUCUGCUGUAUUGUAAAUAUGCGCUAACCACUACACUACUGUGCAGUGACAAUUGUUAAUAAGGGAUUGGGGAGGUGUGAAGAAGAAAGGUAAGCUCUCCCUUUUUAGUGAUGAGAGGUAUAUGAUGCCUUCUGCAAUAAGUGUUGGCUCAGUUUCCUGAGCUUCAUCGUGGGGCUAUCCUGACCAUUCAUGGCGGCAGUGCACAUAAUGCCCUAAGUAAUGCCAUAUUUGUGAUUAGUAGGGAAUAAUCUGUCAGUAUUUUUACCUUUUGUGAUACAAUCAAAAGUGAAUACAUAAUGUUCAUUGGCAAUCAGGAAGAAAAACCUUUGGACAUGUUUUCUAUCAUCAGAAGUUGUUAAUUGCUAUAAAAAAUCUGCAGAAGAAAGGGAGAGGAUUCAUCUGGCUGACACUGUCAACGUAAUAGCUACUAUUUAUGUAGGCCUUCUGAAAAGGUUCUUGAAUAUAUUUUGCAGAACUGGGGGUUAAAAUGUCGGAAAAUAGUCAAACUCCCGCUUAUUGGAGAAUGUAGAAGUUUAUAGUACGUUAAACAAAAAGCUCAUUGCUAAAAAGAAUAGCAAGCCUAAGGUUGGGUGGGUUACAGAAUUUGCAGAGAAUGAAACUUCCUUUGUAGCUAUACUAAACUGUAGAAGUUGUAGCAAGGCAAGGGUUAAAAUAACGUCCAGGCAAGGAUAGUUUACAGAUAUUGUGCAGCCAGAUGGGGCAAGAAAGAUCUUUUAAAAAGAGGCUUUGAAGGUCAGAGUUUCCCUUUCCACAGCAUGGCUCUGGAACCAUUUGGCAUAAGGAUGCAAAUGAAGACUUCUAGGGUGACACUUACUUUACUAAUUUUGCAGUUAUUUUGGACUUUAACAUGUAGAUUCUAUUGGCUGUUAGUACUGGUAUUUUCAUAUUGUGAUUGAUGAUUGAUUAUGCCAAUAUGGAGUUUGAACAACACAAGUCUAGUAAUCAGUCAGCAAUUGUGGAGCAGACUCAUUGGGCCAAAUGGCCUAAUUCUGCUCCUUUAUCUUUUGGUCUUAUGGUCAGUAUCUCUAUCCAACUAGUCAAUUCUGUAUAAAAAUGGCAUUUCUCUGUUCAAACUUCAGAACUGUGUUGAUGCUGUUGUCCUUGUGCACAAAUAAAGGAAGUGUUA